ACAGUGAGCCUAACGAGAACAACGAUGUCCGACAAAGCCAAGGCUAUGGGCAUCAGCGCCGGCUCAUUUUUGGAUCUCAAGGCAGAGCUAUCAAAACGACAAGGGGAUUUCGCGCGGAAUAAGGCAGCCGGAAAGUCAAGUUAUGUAGUUGGGGGAGUCAAGCGACCAGACAAGAAACCUACAGUAUGGGCGCGCCAAAAUAAGGGUGUGAACAACCGCGCUUUGCGAGAUUUGGAACUGGAAGCCAUCAGCAAACCCACAUUGGAAUCUGCUCGAGCUGCCCUCGAACGCAAGGCCAAGAUUUACGACAAAUUGAAGAAAGGACAGACAGGCGGUCUUUCGGACAAGCAAUACGACGCACUUUUAGUCGAUUUUGACUCCAAGCCUUCCGAGCGUUAUGAGUCGGACAGCGAUGAUGUUGAUGAAUCUCUCACUUUACCAACCGCGCCAGAGGAUGACCCCAUGGUAGAAUAUGAGGAUGAAUUUGGCCGUCUCAGAACAGCUCGCCGCUCAGAGGUGCCAAGAGAUCUGGCGCCGUCGGAAAAUAAAGAAGACUAUGACUCUGAUGAGGAUCUCAUCAUUAUAGGAAAUCCUGUCGGACACUUUCCUGUUUAUCAGCCAUCCGCGGAGCGAGUGGCACAAAUCGAGAAGGAGCAUGCAGAGGAGAACAAUCCCCUGGGGGUUCACUAUGAUGCGACUGGAGAGAAUCGUGCGAAAGGCGCUGGUUUCUAUCAGUUCUCGGCAGACGAACUCACGCGUAAAGCACAAAUGGACGAACUAAAGGCGGCCCGCGUGGAAACCGAAAAGACAAGAAAGGAUACUGGUGCCAUGGAGAUUCUGCCUGGAGAGAGCGAGGGGAUGCAAGAUGCAUCAUCUAGCAGUCGGAGUCGAACUAUGGAAAAGAGGAAGCGGGAAAUUGAAGAACGACGCAAACUACUCGAUGCCAAACGCCGCAAAGUUGGCCAAGAUGCCCUUCCUGUAACACCUCCAGUGGCUGCGCCAGAUCCAUUUGCUGCUUUGGAAAGCGGAUCAAGUACAUCCAAACCACCAAAAACAGCGGCAGAUGCUUUCCUAGACCAGUUGCAGAACGAUUUCUUGAAUGGAAAACGGAAAUAG